GCAACACUUCCCAACCUCAAAAUGUUCCUGGCCCACUUCUCCGCCAGUAGCGUGAGUGAUCUCCCCAUUCCUGAGGAGGCCUUGCCUGCGAUUCGUAAUGUUAACCAGCCUCUGGACACAGACCGUAGCAUCGCAGCUGAAAAUCGUAGACCCGGUGAAGAGGUGGAACCCGAGGACAAAACGAUAGAGAUUGUGAUCACCAUUGUGGGAGGCGUACACGGGAACCACAAGGCCACACUGUGUGACACAUUGACAAAUAUCACAAAAGAUAGAAUCAAGUGGACAGUCCUACGCCAGCCUCUAGAUUCUACAAAAUCCUUUAUCCCCGGUCAGUUACAAAUGUCACUGACCGCACUGGUCAGCAACAACAGGAGGAAACGGUCAUCAGUGUCCACAACAUCCAAAGCAAGAGUCUUGGUGGUCACUCCAAUGAACGUGGACAUCGUACAGGUGGUAAAGGCCAUACAGUGUCAUCCAGACCCGGACGUCAGAAAGGUCACGAAAAUAGGUGCUGUGACUGUCUGUGUGGACCCUCUCAAUGCCUACAUGGAGCGCAGGUUAACACAUCCUUUCCUGCUCAAUGACUGUGCCCAGGGCUGGGUCAACAACAUCCUCUUCACCUCCUCCACAUCAGUCAAAAACCAGUCAUUGAUAGAAGUUCAGAAUCUACUUCGUUCAAUCAACACAGAUGUGGCAUUCUUCUUGGCCGAAAACGGCAAAGUGACCAGGAGUAUGGACAUAGAUGCCAUGUUGUCAGAGACAGCCUUUAUGCAGGACGAAAAAGUUCGAGCUCGACAUCUUCUCUGUCCAGGCUGGUCCUUGGGAGCUUGGAAGGAACAGACAACUCUAUUCAAAAUGAACAGCAUUCUCCUUAGAUUCUCACAACCCUUGGAAAGUCCACUUCUGCUGAAAAAACUAAAAGGUCUGAAGAGCUCUUUGAAGACAUUUCCUUGUCAGGGUAACAUCUACUUCCUUCAUGGCAUGCUACAUUUCACAGAUUCAUCAAACCUGAAGGAGAUUCAUCAUGUCACACUCAGUGACACUACAACUCUAACUGUCGCCAAAAAUCUGGACCAACUAUCCAGCAAUGUCACCAAUGGAGAUGGUCCCCAUAACACCAAGGGAGAUCACUUCCUCGUGAUCACUGGAUGUGAAUUAAAGGAAAACGUGGUGAAGGACUGGGUCAGAAUGUGUGUCAAACAGAAGCCAGAAAAGAAGAAGCUUAUAGCUCGUAAAAAUGUCUCAAAGGAAGAUGUAAAGAAAAUUCAUACAAAACACCACCUGGAGGCCCUUCCCGAGGGCUGGUUCUACAACGGAACACAGUUUGUCAGCUUUGAUGGAGAGAAGCAGAAUACACAUCCGGACCUGGACAGAUUUAUCCAGCAAUACAUUGAGAAUACAAAUCACGAGGUUGAGAUGUUCAACAAGAAGGUGGAUGAGAUUUCUAGGAACUAUGUGGACCUCUUCUCUUGAUUAGUGUCGACUGCAGUUGUGAGCUUAUCUCAUAAACAUGACUGAACCUCAUCAAGGUGUUUCCACUGGUGAACUUUUGACCUCUAGUGACGUUGAGGUCUUCAUUCAUAUGAACUGCUAUUAACAACUCCUGUGAUCUCCCAUGUACUGUUAAUCCCUUUAUUUUGGGGUGUACUUUAUUUUGUGAACUAUACCUGUAGCUUUUAUUCAUUUAUACUUGAAUUCAGGAUUUCAUUAUUAUAUUUUGAAGAUUUAAAAUUGGGAAUGAUUUUCCUUACAAAUUUACAUGAAUUUGAUCACUCACAAAAAUAAAGUGAUUUAUAGCAUAGGGAAUUUAGCAUAGUAAAUGUCACACAAAAUUUACACAGACAUUUUUGGGAAAUUCCCCAAAAAUGUUAAUUAUAGACAGGUUUAUUUGGUAAAAACAUUACCGUAAUUGCAGAGAGGUACAAUAUAUGUUUUACCAGGAUAGCACUGGAAAUCCACAGAUAUUUGGAAAUGUCUUUAAGCAUUAAUCUUUUUGGAUACAAUUUUUCCUCUAAAUCCUAGCUGCUCUUGUUCUUAAAAUCUCAUAAAUAUUUAACGUUUGAACUCAAUAUGCUGACCUCUGUAUCAAAUCACCAUAUAUAGCAUCCAUGAGGAAUAUCAGCCUAAUAAUCAUAACCUCUGGUGGCAUACACAUUAUAUAACACUAACAGUAUUAUGUAUGUCUAGUUGUCUUUAGACCGAGAAAUUAUUGUUCUUGGUACAAAGCUUAAUGAAUGUCUGUAAGAGUGGAUGGGAGCUAUGACUUCCUGAAUCCCUAAAAGGGACCUGUUCCAGAUUCAGUGAUAGGUUACUAGUCACUAGAAAUAGUUUGCCAUGAUAUCAUAUGAUAUUGUUUUAUUUAAAAAAAUAGAAAUAAAAAAAAAAAAAUCAAAACAAAACUGAUUGUUGCUGGUUUGUUGUUAACUUUGAAGUUAACAGCUGUUUUGUGAGGCUGAUAUGAUAGAUCAUACUGUGAAAGAUUAAGUUCGAAUUUUUCAGGGUGAGAUCAGAGCAUUUUUUUCCACAAAACCAAUCAAUGUAACUGUUAUCAUACCUCAGUUAUCAUUCACAACAAUCUUUUUCAUUUUUACAUAAAAUAAUUUUAUCGUGAACAUAACGAAAUGAAAUACCGAGAGAAAAUGAGUAAAUGAGUUAUUAUAUUACAGAAAAGUGUGAGUUGACGUUCAGCGAUGUGUACUACAUAAAUUACAACAUAUUAACAUAUUUCGAGUUAGUCAUACACUAACUGUUGAAGCUAUAAGUAUAAGGAUACUGAAUUCACAAAUAUUGGUACAAAAAUGUAAUUUACAAUACUUCUAAAUUGCCAUAAAUGUAUUCCACAAUUUUUUUGCUACUUUAAUUUUAUUUACCUUGUAAAAUGAUGGUGAUAAAAAGGGUAUUUAUGUUCAGUAAACUAAAUAUGCAAGUAGAAUCAAGUUUCUUUACUGAAUCGUAAAGUUAAGUUUGACAGUACAUGUACAUCAUCUCAUUGGUUGAAUAUUAAUUAAGUUAUAAAAAGUCUUCGGUAAAGUUGAAAAAAAAAUGAAUAUUUUUGUGUGUGUGUACCUGAAUUGUUUCCAUAUUUUGGCACAUACCACAGGUACUAUCUCCGUCCAUUUACAUGUAUCUGUGUCAAUGCUGUGUGUUAUACCAGGGACUCUAUAUACUGUCCCUGGUUAUACUGGUGGUCAGACUAGAGAGGUUGAUUACUUAGAGAGCGGGCAAGUGGACUUUUAUGGACUUUAAAAGCAUUCUUCAGUUUUAUCCUAUUUGUAGGAAAUACCUUUUUAUAGAUAUAAAUGUCCAUUGUAAAAGCUGUUAAAAGUGAUGGACUUGGGCUUUAAGUCCUGAUCCUGUGCUUUUCAUCUGUUGGAUAUGGUUAGUUGUAUCAAGUCUGGGAUACAACUCCAUAAAUAUAUGUUAAAGUUGUAUUCCUUAAAAAUCAUUACCUGUCAGAUACGUUAUAACUGUUUCCAAGUACAAUAUAUAUAAUUGUGAUGUUGACUUUUGUUGUCUUAUAUAAACUUAGAAAACAUUUAUUGCUCAACAUAUCUUCAUACAGAUGCUUCACUCUUGUUCAACUAAAUCUCCUGUUUGGUUUCCGAGUAGUGGUAUAUGCAAUUGCUGCCCUUUAAAACAAGGAAUGAAUGAAAUUUGUUUGGUUUGAUGUUUAUUGCUUUUAAAUAUGAUGUUUGUAUAUUGAUUGUGCUUGAUAAAAUAUGCCUGCAAAAUCUAAUUUUGAUAUGAGUAUAUUGAUUUUAUGUUGACCAGGUAAUACAUUAACAUUAUGUACAUGUAUGUUUAAGUGUUGGCCAUUUGAGGCUAGAGUAAGUAUUUUAUGAACAUUCCUGUCCAUUUCCUCCUGCCUGAGAUUUUUUCUACUUAAGGUGUAUUGAUAAUUUUCAGAUUUUGGGGUGGGGAGGGAUUACAAAAUGAUUCAAUAAUUUAAAUACAGUAUUUUGUCUUUUUGUCUUAUGCAUGCACAUAUAUAUAACUAUAUAUCACUAAUUUUUGUGUGAUCCUUUCAUUUCAAUAAACAAUAAACAAUACACUUACCUCGUACAUUAAAGUUGUAUACAUUUUCCGUCCAAAUCAUUGAGGAGAAGAGCAAAUGAUUAUGUUUGCCAAAAUAAAUAUAUUUGUUUUUUAUCUGUUACUAUAGCACUCUUACAUUCCACAGACUUUUGUAUAUGUGCACGUCAGUUUUAGUGUGUAUUUCCACCUGUGAAAUUAAAGUUAUUGUUUUGAUUAAUGACACGUUAUAUAUAUCUACCUAUACACUUGCAAUGCCUGUGUUUGAAUUCACAGACC